AUGGCGGAUACCACGGGAACGUCGUGGUCGGACAUCCCGCUGGACCUCGCCGGCCGGAUCCUCCACCGGCUGCCUGCCCAUGUUGACCGCGUCCGGUUCGGCGCCGUGUGCCCCCAGUGGCGCGCGACCACGCGGCACGGCCCCCUGCCCCCACCGCUGCCUCUGCUGCUGCUCUCGGAUGCUAGGGUGUACAGUCUGCCCGGAAGCGAGCCGUUCCACUUCUCUGGUUUUACGGGGACGGGGUACACCGACGCUUGUGGCGACUGGCUGGUGUUUUCAGAUGAAGGAGGGAUUUUGAAGGAUGAAGAUGUUUUGAGCCCCGGAACCUCUUUGAUUCUGAAACCACCUAUGCAUGUGGGUGAUGAGUCCGUUAAUGUGGCAACCCUAGCAUGGAUGGAAAUGGCUGAAGCAACAAUCAAGUUCACGGGAGGCAAACGGAUUGCAGUGUGCCAGGCAGGGGCCACCUCGUGGUGGUCUGUAUGUUUCGAAAAUCACUGUCCAGACUUUAUUGACAUGGCAUUCCAUCAGGGCAAGCUAUAUGCCCUUGACGUCCAUGAUUCACUUUUCGUCAUCGAUGUCAGCAUGGAAAACAGUAGCAGCGAUCCAUGGAUUUCUCAAAUGCGAAAGGUCAUCAUCGGUCCAUAUUUGCACAUGCAUUUUUCCCUAGGAUGUCAAAAGAGGGCCUAUCUAGUUGAGUCACGUGGUGUGUUGCUGGUGGUAUUGAGAAAGUUGCGCCACCCAUCGAUAGACCUGAGUUAUGCAGCUGAACGUAAUGAGUUCGAGGUGUUUGAAGCCGAUCUCAGUCAGUCACAGUGGUUUAAGGUGACGGCGAUAGGGAACAAUGAGGUUUUGUUUCUACGUCGACGAUGCAGCAGGUCUGUUGGUGUUUCUCAUAAUGCUUUGCCAGGGGGCUGCAUCUUCUUCCUGGAUAAUGAUGACAAGGAUUGCAGUUGGUAUGGUGCCUCAAGUUCUUGCUGCGUCUACAGCAUGACGAACGGCAAGGUCUCCACCCCUCUGCCAACGGUGUCAUGGAAGCCUGGCAUUGUGUUUGGGACUUGGCUCUUCCCUCAGAGCUGA